UCGAAAAAUAUUCGAGUGACGUUGCGUUGCGUUGAUCGUUUCGAUUUCGUGUUCAUGUCGAUAUUUUCAUUUUAAAAAGAGUUGGAAUUCUUUUUUUCCCUAAAUAUUAUUUGCAUCUUGUUACAUAUCUAACCCGCUUAUGUGCAUUAAAGCCUGCGCAAAGAGUGCCUACUCUAAUAUAAAAUGGAUGCUGCGGACUCCCUGCUAAGUGACACUGUGGCUGGAAAGCAGCGUCGGGAAGACGAGGAAUUGUUAUUAAAGCCUAACCCUAAACCCAAUGUCAAGUGUGACUUGGUCAAUGAAUGCAAAGUGUUCAUAAGGGCUGAAGACGGAGGAGGUGAUACACAUCUCAAUAUAACAGGGAACAUGGGCCCAGGGACUAGUGAGAAACCUAAGUUUGUGACCUCUACACCAGAUCAGAAAAGAGAGAGCCCUUCAGAUAAUCAGAUUGCUGAUUCUAACCCAGAAUGUGAUAUUGAAGGAGUCCCUGACUUGCCCAUGGACGAUGGAAUGCCCAGCACUGUCACUGUGUUGGAUGCCCCUGACGGUGGAAAGGUUUAUUUGGUGGGCACUGCCCAUUUUAGCUUGCAAUCUCAAGAAGAUGUGUCCAGGGUAAUACAAGAAGUGAACCCGCAUAUUGUAAUGGUAGAGUUGUGUGAACAGAGAACCAACAUACUAUUACUAGAUGAAGAAAUAAUUUUAAGAGAAGCUAAAAAUAUUAACAUUAAGAAGAUAAGGGCAACAAUGGCCCAGAACGGAGUGUUCAACGGUCUCAUGUACAUCCUGCUCCUGAACAUGUCCGCGCAUAUCACACGCGAGCUGGGCAUGGCGCCCGGCGGCGAGUUCCGACGUGCCAUGGCCGAGGCCAAGAAAAUACCGAACUGCAUGGUACAGCUAGGCGACCGCGCGAUAGACAUCACUCUGCACAGAGCCAUCGCGUCCUUGACCUGGGGGCAGACCAUACGCUUCGUAUGGCACUUGCUCACCUCCAACCAGUCUAUUAGUGUGGAGGAGGUGGAGAAGUGUAAACAAAAGAAGAUGCUCGAAGACAUGCUAGAAGAGAUGGCAGAAGAAUUCCCAGCGUUGAAGCGCGUUUUCGUGCUCGAGCGCGACAUGUACCUCUGCCACUCUCUGCAGGUUGCGGCGCUGCAGCCCCGACGAGAGCCGUGCCGCAUAGUGGGCGUGGUGGGCAUCGGUCACGUGGCCGGCAUCGUGCAACACUGGGGCACAGUGCGCUCGCAAGACAUCCCGCCUCUGCUCAAGAUCCCGCCAGAAUCACUGUCAACUCGCAUCAUCCGCGUGUCCGUGCGCGUGGCGUGCGUGGGCGCGCUGGUGUACGCCGGCUACCGGCUGUGGCCGCGCCGCUGGCUGCCGUGAUGUACCGGAAUACCUAAUUGGACCAUCGGAAACACACAUAUAAUAAAUUUAGGAAGACUAAACUGUAAAUAUUAUUGGAUGAAAACUCGCUCAUCAAUUAUCUGAUUUAUUAUUUUAUUAAUAAAUAGGUUAGGUGCGAACAUGAGUCUCUGAUUAGAAAGUUUAAUUGCUAAAAUUAUUGUGGUGUAUGUUUAUUGAGAUAUUAAUUUGCACUCUUUCCUAUAUCGAGAGAAAUGUGAAAUGGAUCUACAUCUACAUAUGGUACUCGUUCCUUAUAAACCCGUUUUAAGAUCUUACGGGCUGUACCAAAUUUGCAUUCAUUCAAAUUCUAAAUAAUGGUACUAAUAAAUUUAUGGCGUAAGUUGUAAGAAAGAAAAAAAACCUUGGCAACAAGGACAUUAUUUACCCAAUUUUCACGCGCUUGUAAAAUUGGCAGCCCUUCCAUAACUUUAAUUCAACGAACUUAAGCCACAUUAGUACCUAAUUGGUGGAUCAUGGACGCGAGGUUGCGUCCCGCUCUUGCGCCUCUGCGCUAAUCAGGAAGAAAUACUGCGUACCGUAUCUAUAUGUCAGCGGCCGAUCUUAAUAUCCGCCAGAUCAUGAAAUCCCUACAUCCCUAGGCAUAUCUUGAAACGUGAAAAUCAUUGUCUCGUUCCCUGAGUCGCGGAGCUCCUAUUUCUGGACAGUUUGCCGUUCGGGCAUCUGAAGCAAUCUAACGAAAAUAUCUUGCCUAUCUAUUUGUUUAAUGUGACCACCGUCAAAACAUUACACAGGAGCUUUACGAUCGGGCGCCGACAGAUAUAAUACUGACAAGUCAGGAAAGGGCUUUAGCUUUAGCAUAUUUUGUUUUUCGGCUCCUUUUGGCCAAACAUUUUGUUGUUCGGCUCCUUUUGGCCAAACUGUGAGCUUUGUUAGUUGAUAUCAAACGGAAAAUAUUGUAAAUAUUCGAUUCAUAAUUAUUGGAAUUUGAUGUAAAAUAUCGAAAUGUACAUGUCAUGUUUUGGUUUUGUAUACCUAUGUUGUUGUAAAUUAAUUAUAAUGAAAAUGCUUUUAGUUUGUUUUGUUUCGUUGUUUUAAGUCUUCUUUGUUGAAAAUGCAGUCCGUGUUGUUUUGUUUUAAAUCAUUAAUUAGAACCGACCUUUUUACGCAAUAAUAAUUUUCUUUGAUGACAUUCUAUUUAUUUACUAAGAGAAAAACAUUUAUUACCUAUGCGAACGCACUUAUAGAAACUAUUAACCUAAAAAUAUGGGUCUAGAAUAAAUUAGUUGGCCUGCCUGGCCGCAUUGUCACUCUGACGAAGUACUAACUAGCCCUCUGGUAUUUUGCAUUUAAUUAUCAUAGUUAUGAAACUUACAUCUUUUCGUUACCUACAUUAAUUUUGUGGAUAUGUUUUUAGUAGAUUUGUUUAAUCGAUUAAUUAUUUGCACUUGGGUUGGACAUUUAAAUAAUUUUUUAUUGACAUGAGAUUUAGGGUUUGUUCAGUUUGGUGCACCAAUCUGCCUGUAUCAUCGUAAUGCGUUAAAAUAUGUUAGGUAGUUAUAUAUCUGAUGAUAGCUGCAGUCGCCAUAAUUAAUCUCGAUCAUUCAGUUGUCGUUGAUUGUGCGUGGUGCAACCCACCCUUAAUAUAUUAAUAUAUUAUACCUAUUUUAAUCGUUAGACGAGUCGUUUAAAUUCUUUCCGUUCUUUGAAUUAAUUUAAUAAGGACUGUGAUAAUGUAAGUAAUUAAUUAUCUCCAUCCAUUUAUAAAAUAAGGAAAUCAUAUUCGUGGUAGAAUAACACGUGUUCUUGUCAUUUGAUAAUCUUGUCAAGCUUGUUGCGGUUGCGUUCAAAAUAUAAACAAGGAUUAAUCAGCACUGACUGUUUAGCCUGGCCAUUACGGAAAAAAACAGCAAAAAAAUCACGUUUGUUGUAUGGGAGCCCCAUUUAAAUAUUUAUAUUAUUCUGUUUUUAGUAUUUGUUGUUAUAGCGGCAACAGAAAUACAUCAUCUGUGAAAAUUUCAACUGUCUAGCUAUCACGGUUCAUGAGAUACAGCCUGGUGACAGACAGACGGACAGCGGAGUCUUAGUAAUAGGGUCCCGUUUUUACCCUUUGGGUACGGAACCCUAAAAACUGUUUAUAUUUUAUUAACGCACUCGUAACAAUAGUUUAGAAUUUUGACUUAGAAAUUAUAUUACCAUAUAAAUAUUAUACGGAAAUUCAUUAUCAAAUUAAGGCACAAUAAUGGUUAAAUCAAUGUUCUACUCUUCUCACGACACGUUGUCACUGUUAUGAUUUUAUAAAUAAUAUCAUCUAACUUAGUCGGGGUCACUCAGGGUCAAACUACGUUGGUGAUCACAACUGUUUACACACAUAGUUAUAAGUAUUGGUUUAACUUCGAUUGACGAAAAUUGCUUGGAAAUGAAGUAUAUUUAGUAGUAAUGAAGUAUAGUAAACUAUAUAUAUUUACAAUGGCGUUAAACGCGCUCUCAGCCUCAAUUAGCUAAUAAUCGUUUGUCUUUAUCUGUUAUUACGACUUAUCUGUUUGUAAGAAAAGGAUAAAACAAAGUACCUAACUAAUUGAGGCUAAUAAAGUUUUAUGAAUGAAGAGGGUUAGAAGAUGCAGCUUAAUUGUCAAACUUAGUCAAAGUUUAAGGAAGUGUGCGUAUUCAUCGUCUGAAGCUAAACCAAUAUAAGUUCUCAUAGUCGGUAGUUGCUCAUGAGUCCUAACGAUUUCAGAGCACGUAAUAUUGUUGAACUCUGAAGUAGUUAGACCUCACGAUCGGCUGAUUCCUUUAGACAUAUAACUUUAUAGUUUUAAAGGUGUGAUUAAAUAACGUACCGUGUGAAAUUAAAUGGUGUGAACGCAGUGUACACUCAGCGGCAGAUGUAUUUAAUCGGGCCAGAUGUUCAAAAUUCAAAAUCAUCUUUACACGCCCUUAUUUUCUGAACAAUAAAGUUCUGUAAAUGUUCAGAUUGUUUUGAACACCUCACCCGCUUAGACUUCUAAUAUACACCUAAAUUUGCAACCGUAUGAGAUGUACUAUGACUAUUGAAGUGCUUGUUUCAAUUUUCGGAUGUGUUUUGAAGACAGGAGCGUAUUUCAUAAACUAACUGUACCUAAACUUUAACGAAACGAGCUCAGAAAAGCACUGUUCAAGUAUAAUGUAUGCAACAAUUUAGUUGUUGAAAGAGUGAGCAAAUAUAUUGUGCUUUACAUAUUGUUAUUAUUAAUGUAAAGAGAAAUUAAAGAGACUUGAUUUAAA